GGCGGAGCCAUAAAUAGGGGCGAGGAGCGGGGUGGCGGCAGCGCUCGCUGAGGGAGCUCCGGCGGCGGCACGGGCGAUUAACGGCGGGGACUCCCUCACCGCUUCCCUCCCUCCGCGGAGCGCCCCGAGCCCGGCGCCCCCAUGACUCUGAACCGCGGCGACAAGCUGCGCUACCUGGACAAGCGGCGCGGCAGCAUGCCCUUCUCCGUGCACCAGCACCUGCACCGGCGAAGCAUGCCGGUGGACGAGCGGGACCUGCGGGCCGCCCUGCCGCAGGGCGAGCUCUCCGGCCUGGUGCGCUGCACCUCGUACAGCCCCGGCGAGGCGCACCGGGAGAGCUGGGCCUCCGACUCCUCCGACUCCGUCAUCUCCUCGGGCAGCGACUCCGACAGCAGCCUCUACAAGGUGAUCCUGCUGGGCGAGCACGGCGUCGGCAAGACCAGCCUGGCCCGCAUCUUCGGCGGCGUGGAGGACUGCGCGGACGCGGAAGAGGCCGGAAAUACGUACGACAGGUCAAUUAUAGUUGACGGAGAAGAAGCAUCUCUCGUGGUGUUCGAUAUAUGGGAGCAGGAUGACAGCCAAUGGCUUCAGAACCACUGUAUGAAAAUGGGAGAUGCCUAUAUUAUUGUAUAUUCAGUCACAGACAAAGUUAGUUUUGAAAAGGCCUCUGAGCUAAGAAUCCAGCUAAGAAGAGCAAGGCAAACAGAAGACAUUCCUAUUAUUCUUGUGGGCAAUAAAAGCGACCUGGUCAGGUCCCGGGAAGUCUCAGUUGAUGAGGGACGGGCCUGUGCCGUUGUGUUUGACUGCAAAUUCAUCGAGACCUCAGCUGCUCUUCAUCAUAAUGUCAAGGACCUGUUUGAAGGUAUUGUUCGGCAAAUUAGACUUCGCAAAGACAGUAAAGAAGACAAUGCUAGGAGAAUGGCCAACACAAAAAGAAGAGAAAGCAUAGGCAAAAAGGCAAAGCGAUUCCUUGGGAAAAUUGUGGCAAAGAACAAUAAGAAGAUGGCUUUCAAAGCAAAAUCAAAGUCUUGCCAUGACUUAUCUGUGCUUUAGAAGCUUUCAGCAAGGCCAGAUGUUGCACGUGGGUGAUGAACUAGCAUGUGACUGUUACGAGAAGUGUAUAGAUGAUCCUCACGGUGAUAACAAGAAUGACUUAUCAGUUGAGACUCUUGUUAAUGCCUUAAGGUGCGCAAGCAAGUCCGGAAGUUACACUACAAUGAUAAAUGAUUCAUUUAAUUUGAUUUCAUUUUCAUUGAAAUCAUUCAAAUGAUUUCAUUUCAUUGAUAAAUGGUUUAAGUUUCAAUGUGUGCAAGUAAAUGAACUAACUUUAAGUAAGUGGCUUGACAUGCCCACAUUUUCACUGUGUACAUAUGUUAUAUAUCCUCUUGUCCUGUGGAUACCAGAGAUGCAAAGAUAAGAAAGGUUGAUGAUAAGUAUCACCAUAGACUUGUCUCAUUUGCAGAGCAAAAUUUAAACUUGUACGCAGGCUCGUACAUUCUUUUUAGUAUGAAGCAAGCAAUGAUAAAUCUUUUUAAACUGAAAUGUGGGGAGGGGGGAGUAGAACCACGUUAGAAUGGGAGAAAACAAAUUAUAUAUAUAUAUAGUUAAAUACAGAACAGAUAUCAUUUUAUGAAGUUAAUUUGCACUUCCAUUAACUGUUAUUCAAUUAAUUUGUUACUUGUUUACAUGCAGAUUUUAUAAUAAAGUAUUAUUUCCUGUUAUAGUAAACUGUGCUUUUCUCAUAGUAUGGAUAAAGAAUGAGAGCGCAGUAUUUUUAUACUGACCUUUUUUCACUGUACAAAAUGUUAUACACAGACUAUGCAGAUUUACACAUGAUAAAGUUCUGGAACAAGAUGAA